AAUAUGUUUCUUAUAAUCUGAACUUUCUAGGCCGCAACAGUCACCAAUAGUUAAAAAACUUUCUCCCUAAGACUUUUAAUUCCAAAACAACCAAGCAUGCUACCAGGGAGAAUAUAAGCUUCCAUAAGAUCAGUCAAUAGCCCUAUAAAUAGAAGCAAGUGCCGGUUCGCAGUUAGACUUGGAGAUUAUGUGCUAAAAUCUUGCACCCAGAUGCCCGGCCGGGGUUCUAUUCCAGGGUUCCAUCGAGGCCUCAAAAGAGACUCCUUUUACUAUUCUCGCCUCUUGCAGUCCUAUUCCAGCCCGAAAUCCGUCGCCCGAAUCCACGACCAAAUCAUCACUACGGGCCACGGCCACAACCCCUUCCUCGCUUCCAAGCUCCUAUCCCAGUACGCGGAUUUCGGUGGCCGAGGCAUCGACGACGCGCGGCGGGUGUUCGACCGCGCCCCCCAAAGGGACAUUCUUCUAUGGAACGUAAUGAUCCGGAGCUACGCCAAUUCCGGCCCCCAGACUGAAGCCAUUGUCCUCUAUUCUCACCUUCGGCGGACCUCCGUCCGACCGAAUUGCUACACCUAUCCCUUCGUGACCAAGGCUUGCGCAGCGCUGGGAGACGAGAACAAGGGCCGGGCUGUCCACGCCGACGCCGUGAGAGCUGGGCUCGACUCGGAUCCCUUCGUCAGCAACGCUCUCGUGGCCUUUUAUGCCAAAUGCGGCGAUGUCGAGACGGCGAGGAAAGUGUUCGACGAAAUCCCGGUGAAGGACUUGGUUAGCUGGAAUUCGAUGAUAGCCGGUUACAGCCAAAAUGAUUGCGCCCAUGAAGCGAUCGCGCUUUUUCACCAGAUGCCGCGAGAAGAUGCUGCGAGCAAGCCUGAUCGUGUCACCGUUGUCGCCCUUCUUCCGGCUUGCGCUGCAUUGGCCGCGGUGCAAGAAGGCAUGUGGGCUCACUCUUAUGUCAUAAAGACUGGAAUGGAAAUGGACGCGGGAUUGGGCAGUGGCCUGGUCAGUAUGUACGCGAACUGUGGUCGCUUGGACACCGCCCGAGAGCUCUUCGACCGAGUGCGGGAGCCCAAUCUCAUUUUGUAUAAUUCCAUGAUUCGGGCGUACGGGAUGCAUGGCCGUGCUAAAGAAGCAGUGGAGACAUUCUCAAAGAUGCUGGAGAUGGGAAUUGAGCCGGAUGGUAUAUGUUUCAUUUGCGUGCUCUCUGCAUGCAGCCAUGCAGGGAUGGUCGACGAAGGCUUUGAGAUCUUUGACAUGAUGGACAGCUAUGGGGUGGAGAAAGGCCAGGUUCAUUACGCCUGCAUGGUGGACCUGUUGGGCCGGGCGGGGCAGCUUAGACGAGCUGUGGAGUUCAUUGGAGGCAUGCCGGUCGAGCCGGGAAGGGAUGUGUGGGGUGCAUUGCUAGGGGCUUGUAGGAUAUGUAAUGACAUAGAGCUUGCGGAGGAGGUGGCCAAGAAGUUGUUUCUUUUUGAUCCUGAGAAUGCCGGGCGGUAUGCGGCACUGGCGAAGAUGUAUGAGGAUGUGGGGAGGUGGGAGGAUGCGGCGAGGGUGAGGAAGGCAAUGAGAGAUAGAGGGGUCAGGAAGCCACUUGGAUGCAGCAUGGUGGAGGUGGAUGCACAGGUCCACACGUUUGGGGUGGAAGACGAGUCGCAUCCGAUGACGGCUGAGAUCUACGACGUCUUGGAGCAGCUGCAGAAGUUGGUGAUGGAAGAUGAGAUGGUUGCAAUUGGCUGACGCGGUGGUUUGUCAUGGAAGAAGUUAUUCAGUUGAAGGAAAUCAAUCAAUGCCUGGCUGGAUUCUAAAAUAUUGGUCCAUUGCUGCUCAUUGCAGCAAGAAGCAGCAGUCAGUCAGAGUGAUGAUAAUUCUUUACAUGCCGCUGUUUAUUGUGAGUUUGUUCUAUACAUUAACACAUGGAAUCCAUAUUGGUUUUCAUUAACAUAAAAUUUGAGCUGAUUAGAAGCAAUGCCAUGGUCACCAUUAUAAGGAGUGUUCCUCGGAUGCAAACCAUUAAGAACAUAAUAAAGAGGCUUUUUUGCUAAC